AACCAUAUAUACUAAAUACCCAACCAAGAAAUUCUUAAUUAUCAAUGGCGGAGGUGGAAAUAAUAUCAGAGACAUGCAUCAAACCUUCUUCCCCAACGCCUCCCCACCUCCAAAUCUACCGCUUCAGCAGCAUCGACCAGCGCGCACCUUCCUCCUACAUGCCCACCAUCCUUUUCUUCAACCCUCCUCCGCCGCCCGUCGCUAAUACUACUACCCCUUGUUUUACUAACCAAACCAUCUCCUCGUCGCUAAAAAGGUCCCUCUCCGAAACCCUGACCCGGUUCUACCCACUAGCCGGUCGGACCAACCCGGAGGGGGCAAAAAACCUCUCCAUCGACUGCACCGACGACGGCGUCCGCUACGUCGAGGCUAGAGUAAACGAGACCCUCUCCCACUUCCUCAACCACCGCGUAGUCAACGACGGCGGGAUCAUGAGGAAGCUGCUCCCUCUCAACGACGCCGUUCAGGUGUUCCGCCCUCCGCCUCCGGGUUCCCACAUUGUUCACAUUCAGGUCACUUUUUUCCCCUGCGGCGGCCUUUGCCUAAGUUCCCUGUGCUCGCAUAAGAUCGUGGACGCGCCCACGAUGAGCUCGUUCUACCGGCUCUGGUCGUCGUCGACCGCCGGUGGCUCUCUGCAGGUGGCGAGAGAUGAUUCGCUGUUCUGUGCCCAGUCGGUGUUCCCUCACAACGAGGCGUUCGUAGGAAGAGCGUCGGUUCCCAAGCCGGCGAUGCUUACCCGGGCCCAGUCGGUGCCCGCUGCUAUCAGAAGGUUUGUGUUCAAUGCAUCUGCAAUCGCGAGGCUGAAGGAGAAGUGCAAACCAAUCGGAGCCGCUGAUGAUUACACAAUCAGUCGAGUCCAAGCUGUCACGGCCUUACUCUGCGGGUCCAUACUUCGGGCUUUCAGGGCAAGGUCGGACAAUUCCGGCACGACACUAUUCGUGCAGCCGGUUAAUCUUCGGGCAAGGGCGGACCCGCCCUUGCCCGCCAACUCAUUUGGCAAUCUGACGAUGUCAGUCACCGUUCGUCUUCACGGAGGAGGAGGAGACGAAGACACAAACUUGAGUUCGCUGGCGAGGUCGAUGAAGGAAUCAGUGUCGCGGAUCGACGCGGAGCUGAUAAGGAGGAUUCGUGGCGAGGAAGGGAAGGACGAGUUCACAAAGGUGGCGGAAGAGGUGGAAAAGGAAGGAGAGGACGCGGAGAGACACGUGAUGGUCAACAGUUUCAGCAGGUUGGGUUACUACGAGAUCGAUUUCGGCUGGGGGAGGCCCGUGUGGAUGGCCUGCCUCUGCGGCGAGGAGUCGGGCACCGCGGCCGUGAAUCUGGUAUUGUUGAACGAUACGAGGAGCGGAGAAGGUCUGGAAGCCUGGGUUCUGUUGGGAGUCGACGACAUGGCGGUUCUGGAGAGCGACGGGGAGCUUCUCUCGUUCGUUUCUUCGAUCGAUCCGAGCCCUCUCGAGCUGGUGCUUCCGAUAUCUAGGCUCUGAUAUCCAUUGUCGCGUUAUGUUUUUAGCCUUUGAGAUCCCUUUUGGCAUUGAAAACCAACGGUGAAAUUGCAAACACCUCGGAAAAAACAAUAUCAUAAUUCGCAACAGCUGCACUCUUAUGCAAAUUAUAGUAUCCGUAUUAAAUUUUCUCUUCAAACAUAAAUUUCAACGCACAAGCAUAAUUUUGAUAUCAUCAAUCCAAGUAUAAUAAUAAAGACACAAAGUUAGAGCAACCCAACUUGCAUUAUAGCGUUAUAAACAUUAACAUAAUAUCAUAAGGGAGACCUGAUUUCUCUACUUUGUGACAAAGUGUCAUUUAUGAAUGAGGGAGGAGACGUGAUUCACGAAAUUAGAUUGAUACUUGGAUCUCUUUGAAGAUUCGAGAGAGCGAUCAAUGAGUUGUUGUUUCCUCGGAAAAACCAAAUGCCACCGCCGGUGCCGAAUUCGUUUCCGGCGAUGUUGAUUUGAUGUUUCGCGGUGGAAACUCUUGCGGUGCCGUUUGAUCGAAUGCACCGCUGAUUGCUGAAAUCGAGACGACCGUCAAAUAUCCGCCGCCGAAUGUCGGCGACGUUGAUUUGAUCGAUGCACCUCUAAAUGGUGAAAUCAACGUGACCGUCAAAUAUCCACCGCCGGACGGUGUUGAUUUGAUCGAUGCACCUCUGACUUCUAACCAAGAACGACCGUUACUACGGUUCGCACCUCUCCAAACUACGUUCGAACGAGGGUGUUUGAGUUUUGAGGAAUCUACGCUACCGCUACUCCUAUGGAGAUUCCCGUGGAGAGCUCCGCGACUACGACUAAGACUACAACUAUGGAGAUCCUUCCUGGAAGGAGAGCUCCGCGAAGGAGUUAAAGAGAAAAGGUAAAGUUUUGACAGAGUUGUUCUGUGUUGAUUUUUGGUUGUCCUUUCUCUCUCCUUGCUCCACUGCUUUUAUUUGAAAAACAUCUUCGUAGCCUUCACGCUCCAUGAAACCGCUUCCUCAACUGUUCCGCCGUGAACUCCCACGUGUCUCAACCGCCUCGAUUUUGAUUCUGCGUGAAUCUCACGUGGAACAAAGCUACAAUGACGAUGUUGUUUUGGGAUAACAGUGGCGUUGGACCUAGCGGGCCACCCUUGGCCGAGCUCUUAACCACUGCGAUAUCGUUUUUAAUCAAACGAUAUCGUUUAUGAUACCGCGAUGUCGUUGAUACCUCCCGCGGCGUCGUUUAAUCUUUCCGCGGCAUCGCUUUUCACUAAUCAUGCCGACCUUGAACUGCUCCGUCCCGGUCCCAUCAAACAAUGUCGUUUUUCAUUCCGCGACAUUACUCUCUACCAAAUGGUACCGUUUUUUUUGUCUUGCGAUGUCGUUGAGCUUGCCGGGCCACUCGCCAAAAUCCAAACCAUUGUGGUAUGGUUUCUAACUAAACGACAUCGCUUAGUAAUACCGCGGCGUAGUUGAUGCCUUAAACGGUGUCGUUUUUAGCUAAACAACACCGCUUGAUUAUACCCGCGACAUCGUUUUAAUAUUAAACGACUCCGCUUCCAGCCUUGCGGUGUCGUUUUCUUCCCCAAUUAGCUCCGUUUGCUUUUCCUCCGCGACAUUGUUUUAUAUUAAACACUGUCGUUUUCUCUAGCACAACGGUACCGUUGGGCUUACUCGCGGUAUCGUUUUAACUCAUCCGCGAUGCCGCUUGUCGCAGUGCCGUUUUUAGCCAAAAGACACCGUUUCCCUGUCUCGCGAUGCCGUUGAGCUUUGAGGUUUGCGGCACCGUUUUAUCUCUUCGCAGCAUUGCUUGACUCCAAACGGUGUUGUUACUCUCCUCCUCCGACAAGGAAAAAUAGAAUAAAAAACAUUCCUUGUC